UCUCGGAGUAGGCUCAUCUCCGGCCCAACAUUGCGUUCAAAUAUGCGAACCGCUUCCAAGUCAGCGCGUUGGCGACAACACUUUCUCUGCCGUGGGACAGUAGGAACCGUCGAGGCGUAACAUUUUAAAAGAUUUUUGUCGGUGGCAGGCUGAACCGGGGAUAAAAAUAAUGGAGUGCAGAGAAGCGACCCGAGACUUUAAAAGUGGGGAAUGAAAAAAGAGAACGCUACGAUUUUCGAAGGAAACGCUGGAGUUGCAAUACUGUGAAGAAGAAACCAUUCAGCUCCGAUACAAGGCUCCAUGGCAUAAAGGCCGUCUUCAGGUCCAGCUGCUCUCUGGGGUUUCUCACCACUCUGACACGCUGCUGCCAUUUUCCACAGCCUGAGGGAAACCAGGAAGCUGUCGGCAGGAGACAUGCCUGCCCUGGCCACCGGAGCCGGCCACGAGCCAGCAGGUCUGUAUGCGCUGCUGGCAGCCCUGCCAUCCCAGCUGCAGCCCCAUGUCAGCCGUCCAGAGGACAACACCUUCCUGCAGGACAUGUUUGGGGAGAGAGGUCUGCACUCACUGGUGAAGAUCCAUGAACGGCUGCAGCAUUACGAGGAGAGCAAGCCGGCUCCAGUCCUGGGCAGCGCCACGAUCCUGGCCCAAGAACUUUCUAAGCAACUCGAACUAAAGUCUGAAAAUGGAGACAUAAAAGAACUCACCAAGCUACUGGAAAACCCCCAUGUGAAGAGCCUUCUGUCCGUCCAUGAUACAGUUGCUCAGAAGCAGUACGACCCCGAACUCCCUCCGCUGCCUGAAGACCUCGAUGAUGAGGAGAAUUCUGUGAAGAUUAUAAGACUUGUCAAAAACAAGGAACCUCUUGGAGCAACAAUAAGACGUGAUGACAGAACAGGAGCCAUCAUUGUGGCCCGGAUCAUGAGAGGAGGAGCAGCAGACAGAAGCGGGCUGAUUCAUUCUGGAGACGAACUGAAGGAGGUCAACGGGAUCCCUGUGGACGACAAGAAACCAGAGGACAUCAUUCGUAUCCUGGCCCAGUCACAAGGAGCCAUCACUUUUAAAGUUGUUCCUGGUUCGAAGGAAGACGCACCUAUCAGAGAGCCAAAGGUGUUUCUGCGAGCGCUGUUCGACUAUGAUCCCAGUAAAGACAGUGCCAUUCCGUGUAAAGAGGCUGGUCUGGGCUUCAAGAAAGGCUCCAUCCUUCAAAUAAUGAGCCAAGAAGAUGCAACUUGGUGGCAGGCAAAGCAUGAUGGGGAUGCUAAUCCCCGUGCCGGUCUGAUCCCGUCCAAACAGUUCCAGGAAAGGAGAUUUGCUCUACGGCAGCCCGCUGCAACUCUGCCACUACAACGGACCCUCAGCAGGCGGCCAUAUGAUGUGGAGAUAGAGCUUGAAGAAGCUGAUUAUUGUAGCGGAUUCCACGUAGCUGGCUUCAGGAGAAGUUUCCGUCUCAGCAGGAGAGACAGGAAGACCAACAAGUCCAUGUACGAGUCUAAGAAGAGCCAAAUGUACGACAUGGCUGACGUACCCACCUACGAGGAGGUCGCCCCCUACUGCAGGCAGAGUGGAGCUAAACACAGGCUGGUGGUCCUAGUGGGACCUUCAGGGGUCGGCAUGAAUGAACUCAAGAGGAAACUGUUGAUCUCUGACCCUCAGCACUUCGGUGUGACCAUCCCACAUACCAGUCGGCCCAAGAAGAACCAGGAGUGUGACGGUGUGGAGUACCACUUCAUCUCCAAACAUCUCUUUGAGGCGGACAUCCACAACAACAAGUUUGUGGAGUACGGCGAGUACAAAGGGAAUUACUACGGAACAAGUCUGGACACUCUACGCGGCGUCCUCGCCAAGAAGAAAGUGUGCCUAUUGGACGUUCAGCCUCAUGCAAUAAAGCUUCUGCGGACGGCUGAGUUCAAACCCUUCAUUGUGUUUGUGAAACCUCCAGCAAUGGAAAGACUGAGUGAAACGAGAAAGAACGCCAAAAUCAUCUCAAGCAAAGAUGACAAAGGAUCCGCCAGGCCCUUCACGGAGGAGGACUUCCAGGAGAUGUUGAACACCGCUGAGAUGAUGGAGAGUCAGUACGGCCAUCUGUUUGAGAAGGUCAUAGUGAACGACGACCUCACCACGGCCUUCAGCGAGCUGCAGUCGGCACUAAAGCGAGUGGAGACGGAGACUCACUUUGUUCCUGUCAGCUGGACUCACUCCUGAGACCCACACGGUCCGGGUAAAGGACAAAAAGGGAAAGGUUACGACAAACGAUAUGCUUUUUUUUUUUUUAAGUCUCUUUUAUACCAACUGAUUCUGACACUACUGUGAAGAAGAUAAAAUGGCACAGAUUGGUGUGAGGUGGACCUGCCUUACGUUUUGGGAGGAGCUGGAUUCAGGAAGUGCAUCCGGAUCGCAGAACACCUACCUGUAAGGGUAACAAUCUCGGAUCUUUGGAGAACCAGCGGUUCUGCCAGCAGAACAACUGAGACUCCAUCUUUAGUGUGUUUUUUUUUUAUUUUUUAAAUGAAACCAGUGGAAAACCAAAGGGAUGGAUGUUUUUCUGCUUGGUGGACAGAUUUGACAGAAGUAAAAAAAAAAAAACAAAAAAAAAAACUGAUGGAAAACAGAACAUAAAAACACGUUUUCUGUCUUCUUUCUGUGCUUCAGUGACAAGUGAAAACACUGCCAGGUACUCUCUCAAGAAAGGGCAAUAACUGUCAUUUUAUUUAAAAAAAAUUAAUAUAUUUUCUAUAUACUUCCAGUACUUCUUUUGAAAUACUUUUGAUGAAAUUGUUUUUGACACUAAGGGAAACUUUAUCCCAGCUGUAGCUCCUUGAAAUCUUUUCUUUCAUUGAAGUGUUUGGAUCUCGUUUCCUCCUGCUACGCUACUCCAGAGGUAUUUUGUUCCUCUCCAUCCUGGAUCUGUUUGAAACAGCAGCUUUCUUAGAGCGUGUCCAGCAGACCCGCUUUGCCACUUAUAGACCUGGUCACAUUUGUCUUUAACAAGAAAGCUUCACUGUAGUGUUUCAUUAGGGUGGAGUUUUUAUUUAAUUCACAUAAACGUGGUUUCAGUGAGGCUGCCAACAGCGGCUCCACGGGACCUUCAGGAUGUAGCUGCUCCUGAUUUUAUGAGAUUCACAGGUUUAGUACUUGUCACUCGUUCUUACCAGCUCAUGCUUAUUAAUUACAAUUUUCUUCAAUGUGUAUCAAUGCGAUUCUCUCAUUUCUUCUUAACUGGUUUCUCAAUUUUCAGUUUUCUCCUUGGCUGCUUCGGCUCAGAUGAGGUCACAUCCACACACAACAGUGGCUUACAAUACCAGUGAUGUAUUUAUAUAAAAUUUAGAAAUGAUUGAUUGUAGAGUUUAUUCCUCAUAAUUAUUGAACCAUAUAAAAAUAAUGUCCCUUGAAUUCAUAAUAAUAGGCAAAAUGGUGGUUUGUGAUGCCAAUACUUCACUUUUUAUGGGUUUAUUAUUAGCCGUGUCUGUUUUCAAAGAUCAGUGGCGGGAACCUCUGCCACUGUUUUAUGAGAAGCUGAGUUUCAGAACCACUGCUUAGCGAUGGGAGAUAUGGCUGGACAACUUGGUUCUGUUAGAACUUCAUAAACACAGAUACUCUGAAAAUACAGCAUAGGCCACCCAUUAUCAAAUAGACUACUUUAGCAUACCAGUAACAUUAAGCAUCAAACAGUUUUGCAUUUUUUCAUAUUUUGACAUGUACUAAUAUUUAUGCUCUUUGGGAACCAGCAGUUGAAAUAAAUAUUAUGCUAGCACAAGUAACACUUAACCAGUUUUUGGUCAAAUUUCUCGGUUUGCAAACAUCUUAACUGAAGUAUAUGUUUACUGUGAUGAAUCACAAUUCUUGUCACUUAGCUAACAUAUUAGCCUUAAACUGGACUUCAGAAACUGGGAACGAAGAAGAGAAAAGUACCUAAAAUACAAAAAAAAAAGUUACUUUAGGCUUCUUUUUUUUUUGGCUUUUCAGUGUCAACUUUAUUGUUAAAGCAGUUACAUCAUUAAUUACUUACUGGCUUCAGACAGAGGAAAAUCUUUCUGUCAAUCUGAAGGUAGAGAUUCCUGUCUGCAGGAAUUAUCACCAUUUCUUCUCGUCUUUUGUCACAUUUAGUCGGUGCUUCCAGAGUUUUUUACUACAUGUUGUCUUUACCUUUUUGACGCCUGUUUUAUGAUCAGAAUCCGAUUUGUACAGUCUCUAGCAAAGCAAGGGGUUUAAGUCCUUUCUGUAAAUGAUGUUAAUCAGGCAAGUUGUAUGAAAUGAUACUACAUUUCUUAUUAAAGAGAAUUUAAUUUAA